CAGUCGUAAAUUGAAUGACGAAGAACUCCAAAAGUCGUAUGAAGGUCGUCUUCUCCGAUCCGAGGAUUCGACAUGGGACACCAACCGCCCACCUUCCCUGCGAGACGCUUGUCUGGACCGUGUCAUCGAAGAGUACGUAUUUUAUGUCAAGCUAGUGGAAGAGUUAAACAAACAAAAGCUCGAGGACCAUGAGCGUCGGAAGGAGAAGUGGCAGAAGGAUUUGGCAAAUUAUUUGGAAAGGAAAGCCAGUUUCGAGAAGAAGAAGCUUGAGCAAGAGGAAUCUAUUGCACGCAGGCUGCUAAUAGGAGACGAUCCUAAUGAUGCAGAUGAUGAUGAUUUGGACGAAGAAGACAAACCAACCGGAAAAAAGGCUUUCCGGGAGCCUGUGGAAGUCCCGGAUUUCUUUCCUGAUUUUGUUAAAAAUAGCGACGUUCUCGACCAAAUGUGGGAUGAGGAUAGAAUUCAAACUGUUGAAGAAUUGGACUUGGAUUACGUUCCUUUCGAUAUAGCCGUACAAACUAUUCCUGAUGACUACUAUUGGGAACGGGCUAGCAAUGAAAAAUGGGAUUACAUCUUUGAUGCGGAUGACCACGAUAAGAAAUGGAGACGCUUAUAUUUGGAGAGGUCAAUAUGGGAAGCGAUUGAAAGCUUCCAUCCGGUUGAGUCAGACUUAGAGGAACUGCAGAAAUUAGUCGACAUUGUCGCAACUGAGAUCACUCAAAUUAAGCUCAACAACUUGAUUCCAAACUGUUUUGGUACUCCGAGGAAGCCAAUUGAGGACAAAAUUCCCGACGCGUAGGAUUCGUUACAAAAAUUAAUAUUUAAUAUCUAUAUAUCAGGAUGUGGUACAUAUUUAUUUGAGCAUUUAAGCUAAUUUGUGAUUCUAAUUCAAGGGACUUUACACCCGCUGGCGUGGAAGAAGAUCAGGGAUAUGGAGAUGGAGACGAAGAUGAGGAGGAAAUGAAACAAUUGGCAAAAGAAAAGGAACGGGAAUUAAAGCAGCUUGAGAAACAAAAGCUGAAAGAGGAGCAUCGAAAGGCUAAAGAGAAAUUGAACCUCGAGGCUGGAAUUGCUCCUGAAGAAGUGCUUCCUACGAUUGAACCAGAUCGCACUUCUUCAGAUCAUUUCGACUUUGGAUUAAUUUUGUCAAAAUUCACAAGUCUGAAAGUCCUCAGUUUAGUUUAUGAAUUGCAAGAAACAGGGUUGGAUUGGGAGCCGAGACUUUUCGUAUUCACUGACGUCGACUGCAUAAAUUUAGCAAAUGCACUAGCACAAACCCCCUCAAUCGAAACAUUUGAGCUCCUUCGUAGUCAUUUGAAUGACGAACAAUGCAAAACGCUUAUUCGAGAAGGCUUGAUCAAAAUGCCACAUUUGCGGAAGAUUAAUUUUUCCUACAAUAGAAUAAGCGAUGCCGGAGCAAGAGCGGUAUCUCGUCUUUUGACGGACGAGACGUCGCGUGCAAUCCACACCAUCCACACGGUCAUGCUGGCCAGGAACAAGAUUCACAACAGAGGUGGAAAAGCCUUGGCCUGGGCACUCACAAAAAAUCGCCACUUGACACAUUUGGACCUUCGGCUUAAUCGAAUGGGCGAUCCUGCCGGAAGAGACUUUGGGCACGCCCUUGCCAAAAACAGUAGUUUGCUGGUCCUCCUCCUCGCUGCCAACAGAUUAACCGAGGACACCGCUUUUGUCAUCAAUAAGAUGCUCUUUCACAACACCACGUUGAAAGAAUUGGACCUCUCUGCGAAUGACUUGGGCAAAAAGGGUGGUGAACAUGUCGCCCUCGGAAUUCGUGCAAAUACGAAUAUCCUUCGUGUUGACGUACGAUUGGCCAACAUUGGUCUAGACUUUGAGUAUGACGUGGGCACUCAUCUCCGGAAAAAUCGGAACCGAAUUCUUAACCAGUACUCAUUAGUAGAAAGAGAUGACACUUAUCCCAACGAGACAGAAAGUGGAAUAUUGAGGGGAAAAGACCUUUCGGAACCUGAGUGGUCGAGUGAGGAGGAAGAGGAAGAUGACGAGGAGGAAGAGGAAGGCGAGGAAGAAGGCGACGACGACGAAGAAAUGGAAGAUGGCGAAGAGGAAGAAGAAGAAAAAAUUCAUGUCGUGAAAGCUCCAGGAUCAUUAGACAUUUCUAAAACUGCUUUCACAUAUCUUAAAAUUGCAUUCCUGAACAAACAGUAAAUAAAGUCAAA